UCAAGAUGGCGCUGGACUGUGUCCGGGAUACCGCUGCUGCUGCGACGAGCUAACCGUCGGGGAUUUAAUUAAUCUUCUGCCCGGUGGCGACGCAAAAAGCUGGUGUGAAACGUUCCCUUUUCUGCUUUGGACACCAGACACGGAUAUGUUGCGCCGGGCGUGUGUCAGGUAGCCUUGAACCGGCUCUAAAAUGCAGGUAGCCCCGUCCUCCCAGAACAACAAAACCUGCUGCUGCUGCUGCGGAGCUCGGCCCACCGGCCAGGAAUUUACGCCCGCGGCAGAGGCUCGCUUGGCGGACUGAGUAGUCAUGGAGACGGCGAGGGAGAACGGAGGGUCAUUUGGAGUUGACUUGAACGAGAACGAAGAGGGAGAAAGAGAUGGCGGAGGAACGGGGAAAUAUCCUCUCAGAGACCGCAGCAUCGCGCUGCUAGCCGGGGUCAGCGGGGGUCAGGACGCUGGGAAGGCUCUCACCGGUAACGGCAGGAAUGUAAACAGUGACGCCUCCUUUAAAGGGGAGAUAAUGCUGGAGAGGCUCUUUCUCGGGCAGGUUUCGGAGGUCUGUGGGAACCACAGCGGCCUAAACGGGUUCACUGAGGAGGAGUUGCCGGUGGUCGCGCUGGAAGGAGGAGGAGGAAGAGGAGGUGGAGGAGGACUUGGCCUUGAGGGGACCACAGCUGCUUCCUGUCCAGCUGUGCUUUCUGUGGAGAAGAUGCGGGGGGACAGCGAAGGGGAAACCCGGGACUCAGACUGCGUUACCCCGGAGGGAGAGGCCACGGGAGGUGGGUGUCUCAGGACUUAUCUCCCCCGCCAUGAGUUGUCAUGCGGGAGGAGGAAGCACCGGCGGAGCUGUCCCUGCACCGCAGGGGUAAACAUGCCUAACGGAGCUGUUGACAGCUCUGAGGGGGAUGUAGGGUGGUUUCCCAAGCAGCAGGUUUGCUUGUGCAACUGUGAAGAAGUGACAGUGGCCAACGGUGGUUUCCACACACGUGAGCAGGGCCUGGACUUGGGCUGCUCACCUGAAAGCACCCUUGACUGUCAGUUUAAGUCAGAGUCUAGACAUGACAAGGGUGUCGGGUUAUCAAGUGCCAAACUCCCCUCUCCCUGCCCUUCAUCCGGUGCCAGCCCGCUUUCUGAGCCCAACAUCAGGGAUGAGGAGGAUGAUGAUGAUGAUGAGGGCUUCAGCGACCCCAGCUCACCUCCCGUCAGGCCGCAGAGUCUGAGGACUAACCCCAACGUGGCUGUGUCCCUCAGCUGCGACGCCACCCCGUUGUCCCCUGAGGAUGAAGAGUAUGGGGGCUUUUAUUUUGAAGGGUACGAUGAAGACCUGAGGGGCGUUUUGGAGGCGGGUCGCAGGCAGAGCGCCCCGGACAAGCUGCCGGACCUGGAUCAGGACCGGGACGGCUCGGACCCCAAGCAGAUGCCAAAGAGGUUCGGCAUCGCAGAUUUCUUCACCAGGAGCCUGUUUUCUAGGAAAUCCAAAGAGCCCAAAGCGACUUCCCAUAAUUCAACAGGGUGGCGACUGUUUGGCAAAACAGCAGUCAGAGAGGGCGAUGCGAGUAAAGACCUCGCCUCCACACUGACCACACAGCAGGAGGAGCCGGUGAAGGACUCCAGCGUGUCCUUGUGUCCUCAGCGCCCCCUGGCUGCAGGGAGGAGGAAGAACCUGGAGUUUGAGCCUCUUUCUACCACAGCUCUCAUCUUAGAGGACCGCCCAUCGAACCUCCCGGCCAAAUCUAUGGAGGAAGCUCAGAGGCACAAGCUGGAGUAUGAGGAGAUGGUGGCAGGAGCCAAGAGGAGAGAGCUGAAAGAAGCCCAGAGGAAGAAGCGUCAGAUGAAGGAGAGACACCGGCAGGAGGACAGCAUCUCCAACGCAAUGGUCAUCUGGAACACCGAGAUCCUGCCUCACUGGGACUCCAUGAAAGGGACGAGGCGGGUCAGGGAGCUGUGGUGGCAGGGCCUUCCUCCCAGUGUCAGAGGAAGAGUGUGGAGCCUCGCUAUCGGCAACGAGCUCAACAUCACACCAGAGCUCUAUGAGAUCUUCCUCUCCAGAGCCAAAGAGAAGUGGAGGAGUUACAGCGAGACCAGCUCGGUAAACGACAGCGAGAGCGAUGGAGGAGCAUCUCUGGCUGACAGAGAGUCUAGUCUGGACCUCAUCAAGCUAGACAUCUCCAGAACCUUCCCCUCACUCUUCAUCUUCCAGAAGGGCGGUCCGUACCACGACCUCCUCCACAGCGUGCUGGGCGCCUACACCUGUUACAGGCCCGACAUUGGCUACGUCCAGGGCAUGUCCUUCAUCGCUGCUGUGCUCAUCCUCAACCUGGAGGAGGCCGAGGCCUUCAUUACCUUCGCCAACCUGCUCAAUAAACCCUGUCAGAUGGCCUUCUUCAGAGUCGACCACGAACUGAUGUUGAAGUAUUUUGCAGCCUUUGAGAUUUUUUUCGAGGAGAAUCUUCCUCGUCUCUUCAGCCACUUCCAGACCAACAGCCUGACCCCUGACCUCUAUCUGAUUGACUGGAUCUUCACUCUGUACAGUAAGUCCCUCCCUCUGGACGUGGCGUGCCGGGUUUGGGACGUCUUCUGCCGGGAUGGCGAGGAGAGCUUGUUCCGGACGGGUCUGGGAAUCCUGCGUCUGUACGAGGAUGUCCUGCUGCAGAUGGACUUCAUCCACAUUGCGCAGUUCCUCACGCGCCUGCCGGAGGACCUGCAGUCGCACACGCUCUUUAACGCCAUGGCCAGCACGCAGAUGAUCAGCAGGAACCGCCGCUGGGCUCAGGUUUUUUCUGCCUUGAUGAAGGAUGGAAAUAAAGAGACAGAGAAAAACACGAGUCCAGCUCUGAGAACCUAACCCCGAUGCUAACUCCAGCUUUAUUCAAACUAACGUCUAGCUUUGGGGGUGUCUGAGCUCAUGCUAGCUCACCCUGCCACCAACCACCAAGGCUAGCUGUGUAGCUUGAAGCCCCGUAGCCUGAAGCUGAACUGACUCCAAAGGCUCAGCUACGAAGCUUGAAGCGGAGACGAGCCAGCCGUGGAGGCGGGAGCGGAGCUGCUCGUCGGGUCCGUGGAAGAAACUCCUGUAACCUCUGCUGGGACCAGACGUGGUUGGUUAAUCCUGAUCUUCAGCUGCCAGUCAGUAUUUCUCACAGAUGGCUGGGAAGAAAGUCUAAAAGCAGCCCGACUCGGGGCUCCUCCAUGUCGGGGCACCACUAACACCGAGCAUCAAGCCCUGUGUAAUUCUGUAGACUCUAAAUCUAACUGUAGGUGCUAAUGAGUUUCUAAAGGCUUCAAACCUCUGUGGCUCAGUUAUUAAUGUGGGUCCUUGUGGUUUUGAGUUCACAAACACUUUCAUUGGCUGCUUUUUUGGUUGUUAUAUUAGCUUCAACAGGGAGUGUGCACUACUUCAAUCUGCUGGCAAAACAAACUCAAUCCAGUGAUUUCUUGGUUCAUAUUUAAGAGGAGGCAGUCAGUAUCGCUAAAGCUGGAGAGUUCACACCUGGAGAAACAGCAUGACAGGGUGAACUGUCCCUUUAAGGACAAAACAGGACCAGAAGAUAAAAGUGAACCAUUGCAAAAGAUUUAAUUAAUGAAACUAAAAGAAGUAUUAAGUAGUUUUUCUUUAAGUUAGGGUAAUGAUUCCACUUAACUGUUAAAUUAUCCUAAAUGUGUUCUGAGGGGAAUAUUAGUGAUACUGCUGGUGUUUAACCACGAAACUAAAAGCGCAUGAUGUCACUAAGCUUAAAAUUAUCAACAGAAAAUUUGUGGGCGGACAAUAAGUUUGUGCUGACAAGUGGGCCAUCCAAGCUUUAAGACCAGAUUUCCUUUCAGAGCACUUUACCCUGCAGCACAGACAAGGAGACCUACAGGCUUUCAGCUAUUAGUAGUUUAGGCUUGAAAAAUGAAGCUUGUUACGCUUUGCAUCAGAUUAUUUCUUGCUUGGUUAUUAAAAAAAAAAAAAAAUUAAACACACACACAGACCUGCAUACAGCAGAGUUGAGCUCUUUGGACCAUUUUGACUGAAAUGACUCCAGGAAAGUGCUCGAUCUCAUCACCAUGUAUGCGAGCAACAUGUUGGAUGUUUUCUUAAUCUUCUCGGAGUGACCAGCGAUAAUUUGGUCCCCGUUUUCAGCCUCCAGAUUCAAACAUCCUCUGGUUCUCGUCUUCUUAAACUUGCAGUUUUGCUGCUUUUAUUUGUUUUUUUAUUGACGUAAAUUAAUUGGACUGUUUUUUUACAUUCUGAUCUUCUGCAGAAAUGUCAGAGAAAAAAAACCCUCAAAAUGGACCAACCACCGGAGCAAUUUUCUGACACAAACCUGCUUCCAGCUUCUCGAAGUUUAGUGUUUGAAGCGGUGCUCCAACACUACAAGUUAUUUUUCAGAGCAUGAAUAAUGAGAGCAGUUUUUAUUUUUUUGUUAGACCAACAAAAGUUUGAGCAAAAGUCGAGGCGUUUUGCUGCUUUAGCCUGCCUACAGGCAUCUGCAACCUGCCUCCAGUCCAUCUUAUUCCAUUCCUGAUGCGUUUUCCAUGUUUAAGUGUGUGGCGUUCCCAGAGCAAACAAAUAUAAUACAGCAGAGUGGGGAAUAAUCUCCUGACAGCACUGCUUCUUUUUGGACAUCAGUUAAUUUAAAAAAAAAGAGCCCAUUAACUACCCGAUUAGCUGAUGACAGCAGUAACCUGAGGACGCAGAUGUGACUGAACAAAGGUUCAUCCUCUGCGCUCAAAGCUGUCAUUAAAACAGCUGCUCCAUGAUAACGAGCAGAGUGUGUAAGUGUCUAAACUCUGGAUUAUUUUCUUUGUUGCUCCAUCAGCUCGUGGAAACACUUCUGUGUUUAAACACUCCUUUGAUUUACGCACAAUACACGGUCUGUGUACAAAUUCACUCACUACACAACUCAGAUUUAUCUGUGCAGCCUGUUUAAAAGCUGCCACAGGAGAGGACAUCGUAUGAGACGGGCAGUAACAGAAAUAUGUGCAAAACACACAAAUAAAUAUAAUGUGCUUAAAAAUAUAGUGGACGAUAUAGUGAGUUCUCUAUACGGUCGACAGAUGGUAGCUGUCGUAGACGUAUCUACCAUAACGUCAUGUUUCUGGACUCAGCCUAAACAAGUUAUCUGUUUCUGCUGGUAGAUCAGUGAUCAAUAACAUCCACAUAAAACCCUUCAGUCCAAUGAAGCCACAGCAGCCAUAUGAUUGGUCAGAUAAUCUCAUUAAAAUGCUCCAACAGCACAAACACUGUCCAGAGGUCCAGUUAGCUGAGGUGAAGCCUAGCAGACAGCUACAGCCGCCUGUGUCGCCAUCCACCUGUCAGUCAAAGAGGCCACGCCCCUAAUAAGCAGUUCUAGUGGAACUGCAGUAAGAAGGAACAUGCUGAAGAGCUCACUGUUUGGUCCUCCAUACAGAACUCUACAAACAAUAUAAACACAACACUUGCUUCAGCUUCAGCCCUACCUCUCCAUGACCAUCUAACCACAACACACUACUGAUGAAACUCUCCACUCACGCUCCAGCAGGGCUUAAACAUCUGGUCCAGGCUGCCAGUGUGUAGAAGCAGAAAACUCACCCUGGAAGAAAGAGGAAGACAUUAAUUGUUCUUUAUGUCCAUGACAGCUACCAGGUGAUCUAUAUUUUUGAAAUAGUUGAGAUGGGUAAAGACGCGAUGGCUGAAAAACUGUUCCCAGACUCCAGGGUAGCGUCUUUCUGUGCAUCGCACCCGUGAAUAAGCUGACCGGUCAGUUAUGAUCAGUGUUCAUUAAGUUUUUCCUUCAGGAAAACUACAGAAAGUCCCUUUAAAGCGUUACUUUACAGCGAGCCUUUUAACCGACGACGCUUUCAAAAUAAAACUUGACCGAAGUGUUAAUGAAGCACUUCAUAAUAAAAGACUGGAAACGGAGUCAGAUCCUAAAUUAUCAUUUUAAACACACUCCAGUGAAGUAAAUUUCUUUUUGUACACUGUAACUCAAGUUAACUUAUUAUUAGAAGUAUUAUUAUUAGUAUUUGUAUUGCAACCUUGUGCUCAAAAAAAUAUUUUGGACCAUUACAAAUUUUAAUUGCAUAUAAAUAUUCAAAUCUUUUAAUGCAAUAAACGUGAUGUGAGACGUAAAUAAAAGAAGAAAAUCCAAACUAUGCAUAACUCAUAACACGCGGUUAAAGUUUAUUUCAUUUUGUUUAUGCGACAGCCACAACUCCUAAUGCAGCUUUAUGGAGGCGGGAGGUCUGUCCAUAAUCCAUAAACUGAUUCCCCCCCCCGACUGCUUCAUGGUCCACUAAUACUUAGUUGUUUUUUUAUUUUUUUAAAUCAUGUUUUUAAGAAAUAAGAAGACCUUCAAAUCUCCUGUUUUCUUGAUGUUUUUAAAGCACUUUUUGAAGAUGAACUCUUUUUAAAACCUUAUUAGACCGACUGCAGUGAUGCUGCACUAACGAAGCUGCACUAACGGCCUGUUAAUGAUCCUUAAGGUUAAUUCCCCUUUAUGUACCAAAUUUCUGUUUUAAUAACAGAUAUUUAGUAUUUCUUGCAAAUUUGACUGUUUUUUCUUGUAAUUUUACAACUGGUACAUCGAUGUGACCUGAAUGCAGCGCGCAGGCAGCCCAGGUUUCAUUAAUCCAGCAUCAUUCAGUCUUUCUGGCUCCAUGAAAAAGAGUCUUCUGGUCAUUUUGGACUCAGUAAGCAGAAGAAGCGUGAACAGCAUCCAUAAAGAUCCACCUUAGAACACUAUCCAUCAUCACUUUGGGAAAACAUCUGGGAAAAAUGGAAUUCUUAGCUUUUAACUGACAGAGUGAGCCGGCUGUCGCAUUAUGAUUUCAAUUAAUCAAGUUACUAAUUAAAUGUGCAGGUGAAAGGAAGACAAAUAUUCAGUGUUGAGAAGUGAAAUAAAGUGCAAUAGAGUCUUUGUUCAGGCAGUUUAAUUACCCAUAAUCCUCAGCAGGUUGGCUUCACUUUACAUCGCAUCACUCCAGAUUACUAAAAACAAAUAUUCAGAGACGGGAGAUUGUUGAGCUUAUUCCUUCUUUUUAAGUUGAUGUUUUCACAUAAAUCCAUUCAGCUUUUCCUUGUUUCUGUGUUUUAUGUCAGAUUUUAAUAUUUUAAUGUACAGUUUUUUUUUUCCCAUAAUGCCUUACAGGUGCUGUAAAUAAAAAUUGUUUUCAUAUAAUGGGCACUAGUUAAACGUGUAAAUAAAUAUCUCAGCAGA